GCACGAUUGUUCACAUUAACAAUGUAAACAAUGUGGUGUAUAAGUUCAUGCUUUUAUUUUGAAAACGUUCACCUUGUUGACGUAUCGGCGGUUAGCGAUAGGUUCCGCUCCCACUGCACCACCAACGGUCCUGUUCAACCUCGUAGCAGCACCGAGGGAUAACGACGGCGGGAAGUUCUUCUCGUCAAUUUAACCACAAAUCAGCGACAAUUAAACGGACAAAAUUGUGAACUAUCGAUAUUUCACGAUAUAAUAUUGAUGGAUCUGUCAUCGGAAAUACGCUAACUGUACAGUGAGUUUAGCGGCGUGGGAUUCAGCUAUUAUGGCUAACGUCGGGAACCAGCUACCAACACAGGCCGUGAGCAAGUCUGCACCAGGGAAACAUGGCAAUGUUUUGCCCCUGUGGGGCAACGAGAAGACCAUGAACCUCAACCCAAUGAUUCUUACAAAUGUGCUGUCGUCGCCGUAUUUCAAAGUUCAGCUUUAUGAACUUAAGACAUACCAUGAAGUUGUGGACGAAAUCUACUUCAAGGUGACUCACGCUGAACCUUGGGAAAAGGGCAGUCGAAAGACCGCGGGUCAGACUGGAAUGUGCGGAGGGGUGCGUGGCGUUGGGACGGGCGGUAUUGUCUCCACUGCGUUCUGUCUUCUCUACAAACUGUUUACUCUCAAGUUGACUCGUAAGCAGCUGAUGGGUCUGAUCACUCAUUCAGACUCUCCAUACAUCAGAGCGCUUGGAUUCAUGUACAUAAGAUACACUCAGCCCCCUGCAGAUUUGGUAGAAUGGUACGACGGUUUCCUGGAUGAUGAGGAGGAGCUCGAUGUGAAGGCAGGAGGUGGCUGCGUCAUGUCCGUUGGGGAGAUGCUGCGCUCCUUCCUGACCAAACUGGAGUGGUUCUCCACUCUGUUCCCCCGUAUCCCAGUGCCUGUGCAGAAGCUUAUUGACCAGCAGAUGAAGGCUCGGCCUCGGAAGGUUGUUAAGGAGGAGCUGCAGGAGGAGGAGGAGGAACCUGCAGAGACCGAGGCAGGGAGGCAAGUGGAACGCCGCCGCUCCAGGACACCCAGGCGGACGCCGAGCCCCCGGAAGUCGCCCAAGCGGUCCCGGAGCAGGAGCCAUCAGCGUGAGAAAGAACGCCACGGCCCCAGCUUUGACCGAGAGCUGGAUCGGGAGCGCGACCGCCAGAAGAAGGAGAGAGAGGGCCGGGGCAGAGGAGAGCGAGGGGACAGGGAGAGACGACGGUCCCGCAGUGCAGACAGGAACCAGGACCGCAAAGAACAUAAGAAAAGUCGCAGCGGCAGCCAGGACCGAAGAAACGAACGCAGAGACAAAGAAAGAGACGGCGGGGAUGACAAGAGCAAGAGGAAGGACAGGGAACACCACAAAGAGAGAGGCGCUGAGAGGGAGAGGUCCAAGGACAAAAAGAACCGAGGAGAGACCAAUGACAAAAAGAACAGAGGAGAGAACAAUGACAAAAAGAACAGAGGAGAGAAAAACGACAAAAAGAACAGAGGAGAGAAAAACGACAAAAAGAACCGAGGAGCGAACAAUGACAAAAAGAACAGAGGAGAGAACGACGACAAAAAGAACCGAGGAGAGACCAAUGACAAAAAGAACCGGGGGGAUACCGAUGACAAAAAGAACAGAGGAGAGAACGACGACAAAAAGAGCAGGGGAGAGACCGAAGACAGGAGGCAUAAAGACGACAGGGAGAGGCACAGAGAAGACAGGAAGGCCAAAAGGUCGAGUCGGAGUCGCAGCAAGGACAGGAAGCACAAAAGUGGGGGUGAAGAGAAGAGCAGGAAAGGAGAGCUCCGAGAGAGAGACAGGGAGAGAGACGGAGAACAGCGCUCUCACAAACGUAGUCGUAGCAAAGAGAAGAGCCACCAUCACCAUCAGUCCAGUAACGACCACGGGAAACACAGGAGUCGGAGCACUGAGUAAAUGUCGCCUCCCAGCAUUCGUACUCCUCCUCCUCCUCCUCUGUUUUUCAUCCUUUUUCUACCCAGUUGUCAGCCAAUUGUGCUAAAGAGAAGGAAUGUCAGCACAUUGGACAUCUGCAGUUGUUGUCUUUGGCCAAUGUGAUGUUGCUUUAUUUCUAUGUUUUUCUGCCUUUUUCACUCAUUAGGACCAGUUAGUCUUCACAAUAUUUGAAAAGUGGCAAAAAUGGCAUUUUAAUUUUCUACGGUGCGCUCGUCGGCCCCCUGAAGAUGUGGGUUUGUACAUACUGUUUUGGAGGCUGUCUACACACAACAGACGGGCAGAGUUGCCUUUCCUGCUGGGCCGAGUGGUCGGCGCUGAAAGCUCAACACUGUCAUAUAAUUUAUGUAAUGUAUAAAGAAAUAUUUUCAGGCGGUACAAAUGCCAAAACAUUUUUUUUAAUUUGAUUUGAGAUGUCUUCACAUUUGCGCAUCUCGUUCAGUAUUCUGGUUGAACGCGCUCAGGAGUCCCAGGUGAACGGAUGAAGUACAUAUUGGAGCGUCGCAGCAGCGUGGAACAACAACGGCUCGGCACGAAGCGGUUCUGUCUGGUGUGUAGACGGCACGAGAAUGUUUUAAUCCUCGAAUGAGCAGUCUGCAAUGGGUGAUUUUUUUUACAACACACUGCUGUGUUUGGGUAAUUGCUCUUGCAUUUUGUUUUCUAAUAAAACAAUUUUACAAACAU